CUGCGAUGCGUGCUGUCGCGAAGCUGACACUAGCGCUAUACUUGUGCGUUGAGUUUGCUUUAAGGCUUUCUUAUUGCCAGUAUGAUGAAGACAACACUGAGAGGAAACCGGAUAAAGUUCAGUGCGUUGAGAAUUUACCUGAAAUCUACGUAUCUGCUGACUACCUCCAGUUCUACAUUAAAAAAGACCAAGAAGAAAUUGUCACAAAAUUUGUAAACUAUUUGACUGUUACUUGCUCCGCCGUAUACGGCACUAAUUUGGUCUUGACAAAGGAUGGAGAUAAAUUAAGGACAACGAACGAAGACCAAAGUGUCAUCACGUGGUCAACGAGUAAACCGGGUAUACUAAAGUCGAAUUACACAUGCAUCAACACUGAAACAGAUUGCAAGCGUUCUGUGAUUGUCGCAAUCAUACCAGCUCUCCAAGUGCUGUCACCAAAACUUCAGACAGUCGAUGAUAAAUUCCACACUAAUUAUAAUAUACAGUAUGGUAGCUCCAUGACAGUGCUGUGUUCCGGUCCAGCCGCAGCUAGGCUCGCCUUGACGAAGGACGGAGAUCCAAUAAUAACAGAGUACGAGAGCAACACAACAAUAAAGUGGUUCGUUAGGAAACCGGACCUACAAAUAUCGGAGAUUGUCUGCAUUGACCUAGACACCGCCAUCAACAGCAGUGUGCUGAUAAGAGUGGAACCCUUUACAUAUAUUACAUCUCAAAACGAAAUAAUAGAGCCAGAUUUUACUAACCUUGAAAAUCAUACUCGUAUACAAGUAUAUCGUUUUCCAUAUAACCAUCAGCCUGUUGAAGUAUUUUGCUGCGGGCCACGGACUGUAAGAUUACUUAGUCCUGACGACAAUAAAGAACUAAUUUCAGAGAGUGUAAAUAAUACGGUUGUCCGUGCAUUAAUACGAAAUUCAAAAAUAGGAACAACGUUAAUGUCCUGCGCUGACAAUAAACAAUUCGCUCUUAUGAGCAUAGUUCAUGUUGUUGUCACUCCCCAAAUGGAAGUCAAGUCCUCAUCCAAUAUUCGGUAUGUUGGAAAUAGGUAUGUAAUGAGGAACGGCGACCCUUUGGAAAUAAUUUGUUCCAGUCCUGAUAUUGCACAGAUUACCAUUUAUAAGAAAGAACAAACAAUUGAAAAGUUACAAACAAUCAACGGAACUUCACUCAGGUGGUUUGAAAGAAAAAAACACGGCGCCGAGAUUUAUUCUUGUUUCAUUGCAGAAAUAGAGGCGUAUGUGACAGUAGACACUCUCCCUGAGGCUAUGGAAUUCCGUUGCAUGUCGCAUAACAUGGAGUACAUUAAUUGUACGUGGAUGCCUUCUACUGCCAACAUCCAAUUUGCCUUGUAUUAUUUUAACAACAGGGAACAUACUCGUCUCUGUAAAAAAUCACACGCCUAUCACGAAAUGUUUUGUAUUUGGUACAGUUCAGAUUAUCCAGGGUAUUUGAAUGAUGUGUCAGAGCUUUCAUUUCUAACACAAUCAUGCAAUAAUUUUGGCUGCUCUAACCAAACUUUCCAUAUAGACCACGUCUCCAUCGUGAGACCAGUUGCUCCACAGGGAUUGAGAAUUCACAGCAUAACAUCACGCGGGGCCGUAAUUCGCUGGGAUUCGACCUAUAUGAUUUGUGCGGGUAAAAGUCUCCGAUCCAGCAAAGGCGACUUUCUUUAUAAAGUGGAGUACUUGUAUUCGGGCACAAACCCCCUGGAAGCAAACUCGUCGUUGGUGACAUGUUAUUUAAGAGUUUGUGAAAUGAAGUUGACACUCCCAUGUGCGGGGCAGUUCUAUGAGGUUCGGAUAUAUCAAAGGCUUAAGAGAGCAGUUGGGGAAGAAUUGUGGUCCGACUUUAGCUCCAUUUCUUUUCACACUGUCGUCGACUACGAAGACGUCGCCGAUUCCACUUGCAACUGGGAACCAAGAAAAACAAAAGAAGUUAUGACGUAUUUUACUCAAAUGCUUCGAAAGGAGACGCGCCUCGAGAUGCAACAGAUAAAGGAGAAAAUUCGCAUGUUAAAGAAAAAAGCGACACGUUUGCACACGGAUUUCAAAAGAUAAUACCUAAGAGAGAUUUUCCGAUAUUGGAUGGUGAAAACUUCUUUACUACAGAAUAUGUAUCUGCUACACUGCAUUUGUUACCUUUAGUU